AUGACGGAUGUGGAGGACUCGGCGGUGAACGACUUCUUGCUGAUCCUCGAGGAGCACCGCAAGAACUGCGAGCGGCAGGGCAAGUACGUGGAGGCUGAGAUCGCCAAGAACCGCCUGGAGGAGCUCAAGGUGCAUGAGGAGAACCGGCGGAGGGAGGCGAUGCGUUCGCGGCAGAUCGCCGAGCGUCUGGGGGUUGAAGAGGCCCACAUGCUCGAGUUCCAGCAGUUCAACCAGGUCUGGGACCGCAAGAUGGACGAGUACGAGCGCAACGUGGAAGAGCUCGUCGUCAAUAUGCGAGAAAAACACAAGUCGGAGCUGCUCGAGUUCCAGCAGAAGAUGCUGGAGAAGCACCAGAAGCCAAAGUUUUCCAAGGACCUGCUCAAUCUGCGGCGCAUCGAAGAGCACCUCGCUCGACAGAAAGACUACGGUGAGGCACACAAGAUUAAGCUCAAGUCGGACGCGCUGGAGGCCUGGGAGCUCGAGAAGUGGCGCAACCUCAAGCAGCAGGAGAUGUUCCAGCGCGAGGUGACCUUCAAGCAGCGGCAGAAGCAGGACCUGGACGCGCUUCAGAAGCGCAUUCAAUCCGGGCGAGAGGAACAGAAGAAACAGCGCCAAGUCGAUCUCGAACGACUCUUGCAGCGGUACCAGAACGUCAAGGCGGAGCUGCAGCAACAGCAGAACUUGGAGCGAAUCCGGCACGAAAAGUUCGCACAGCGGCCAGGUGGCGUAGCGAGAUGA